UUGAAAAUUAGCAACGUUUAUCAGUUACAUGUUAACAGUUAACGUCCUAGUCGAAUUCAUUGGUUGUCGUUUUUUUAUGCACAGAGAGGUUCCUUGAAGACUACAUUAAAGCUGCAUUCAAGGGCUCCUGAUGAAGGUGUGUAGGUAAUAUUUUGAGAGCCUUGUAAGACACCAUGUCUGAAGAGGCCAUUUCAGAAAGUGACCUGGAGCCUAGCCUUAACAGUGAAGAAGAGUGUUUGGAAAAUGAGGAGGAGGAGGAUGAGGAGGAAGAAGAAGACGACGACGACAACGAGGACAAUGAGGACGAAGAUGAGGAUGAAAAUGAUGGAGAUGACGAAGAUGAUGGUGUUGAACGACCUGCGAGUGCAGAGAGCAGGACAAAAACUGCUCAGGAUGGCAGAGACUCCACUUCAACUACCUCCGGGGAGCCAUCCCCAAAGUCUCCAUCUCAGCCUGCGGGAGCUGGAGGGAGCCCAUCCUCCAGGGCUCCCUCCAGACCGGCCUCUCGUUCUCAGCCUCCACCCAGCCCAGAAAAGUCAAGCCAGAGCAAGCCACCUUCUAGCAAAACAAAAAAACAUAAAGCCUCGAAAUUAACCAAAUCUUCUAAGUCUUCAAAAGGCUCCAAGUCAACUAAGCCUACACACAUGAGGAAGAAUAUCAGAAAGCUGCUGAAAGAGAAUCAGCUGGAGGCUGGGACCAAGGCUGCUCAACAGGAGGAAAUGGACAGGAGGAAGCGUUUGGAGCAGCAGAGGAAGGACUUCCCUACAGCAGCCUCAACUGUCCCCGACUCUCAGCUAGUCGACACUGAUUCAAUUUUAGGGGAAGUGUCUCAAUUGGCCCCUGCUCUCCUGAGCCAGCAGGAUGUGAUCUGUCUGGACAGCAGUGGUGAUGAAGAUGAACAAGUGGACUCCAAGCCUGUACUUGCGAUUAGAGAUGAUAUAAUUGAGCUCAGUUCUGGGGAUGAGGACACCCUGCAGAUCAGCAGCGAGUCGACCGACGAGGAUGCUGAUGGCGCCGCCGCCUCAGAGGAGAGCAGCGGGGCACAUAUCAACGAUGCUAUGAAUCUGCCUGAUGCCCAGGGUCAAGUGCUGGUCAAUAUCAGUCACCCUGCAGAGGAGAAAGACCUUUACCUUGCUCCACAGCUAGCCAGGGCUGUCAAACCUCACCAGAUUGGGGGAAUCCGAUUUCUCUAUGAUAACCUCAUUGAGUCUCUGGAGCGGUACAAGACCAGCACUGGCUUUGGCUGCAUUCUUGCUCACAGCAUGGGGCUGGGCAAGACACUGCAAGUCAUUUCCUUCACCGACAUCCUACUGAGGAAUACUGAGGCUCACACUAUGCUGGUUAUUGUUCCUGUCAACACACUUCAGAACUGGCUGACAGAGUUUAACCUCUGGCUCCCACCACAAGAAGCUCUUUCCCCUGACACUGACCCUGCAGUCGCCACAGGCCGCACAUUCAAAGUUCACAUUCUCAACGAUGAGCACAAAACAACGUUGGCCAGGGCCAAAGUUGUGGAGGAGUGGUCCAGAGAUGGAGGGGUGUUGCUGAUGGGUUAUGAGAUGUACCGCUUGCUGUCCAUGAAAAAAAGCUUUGUUAUGGGCAAGAAGAGGAAAUCAAAGAAGCCAGCAGGACCAAUCAUCAUUGAUCUGGAUGAGGAAGAUAGACAGCAGGAGCUCAUGAAAGGUAUUGAAAGGGCCAUAGUGCGGCCUGGCCCAGAUGUGGUGAUAUGUGACGAAGGUCAUCGGAUUAAAAACUAUCAUGCAAGCACAUCACAGGCUCUGAAGAACAUCCGCUCCCGGCGCAGAGUAGUCCUGACCGGGUACCCACUGCAGAACAACCUCAUUGAAUACUGGUGCAUGGUGGACUUCGUUCGGCCGGACUUUUUAGGCACACGUCAGGAAUUCAGCAACAUGUUUGAGCGUCCCAUUCUGAACGGGCAGUGCGUGGACAGCACUCCUCAAGAUGGCCGCUUGAUGCGCUACCGAAGCCACGUGCUGCACAGCCUGCUGGAAGGUUUUGUCCAGAGACGAGGUCAUGAUGUGCUGAGAGACCAGCUGCCCUCCAAGGACGAGCAUGUGAUCUUGGUGCGGCUCUCUCCCAUUCAGAGGGCGCUGUAUACCGAGUUCAUGAAACGCUUUCGAGAAGCAGGGAACAGUGGCUGGCUUGGUCUCAACCCACUCAAAGCCUUUUGUGUAUGCUGCAAGAUUUGGAAUCACCCAGAUGUCCUCUAUGAAGCCCUGCAGAAGGAGAAUUCGGCCAACGAGCAGGACCUUGACCUCGAUGGCAUCACUCCAGCUAGUAACCCCCGCUGUCCUAACCCUGCUGGCCUAAAAGCCAAAGCAGCAGACUCAAGCAACAGCAAAGUCAACACCACCCUGCCAUCACUCAAUCCCUCUCAGGAAAGAGCCAAUCAAGUCAUCACAUAUGAAUGGGCAAAGGGCAUAAUGGCAAACUACCAAACCGGAGUUCUGGAGAACUCUGCCAAGAUGAUUCUGCUCUUCCACUUGAUUGAUGAGAGUGUAAGAAAAAGAGACAAGUUGUUGAUCUUUAGUCAAAGUUUGACCACCCUGACGGUGAUGGAGGACUUCUUAUCAAAGAGACCGAUGCCGCCAGGCAUCGCUUCCCCUGACGCUCACAGCCAGAACUGGGUUCGCAAUAUCAAUUACUACAGACUGGAUGGGAGUACAUCUGCCUCAGAAAGAGAGCGACUUAUAAAUCAGUUUAAUGACCCAGACAACCACAACACAUGGGUCUUCCUACUUUCUACAAAAGCGGGCUGCUUGGGGGUAAAUCUGAUUGGGGCCAACCGUGUGGUUGUGUUUGAUGCCUCGUGGAACCCAUGUCAUGAUGCUCAGGCGGUGUGUAGGGUGUACCGCUAUGGUCAGAAGAAACCCUGCUACAUUUACCGCUUUGUCUGUGAUUUCACCUUGGAGAAAAAGAUCUAUGACCGACAAGUCUCCAAACAGGGCAUGUCUGACCGUGUGGUUGAUGACCUGAACCCAGUGCUGAACUUCACUCGUAAGGAAGUGGACUCGCUGCUGCAUUUUGUGGAAGAGGAACCUGAAAGAAAGUCGCUGGAAUGCCACGAUGAAUUUGAAAUUGUGAUGUAUCAAGCUUGUCAGCUUUACCCACACCUCAUCACCAAGCAACCUUUUCCUCACGAGUCUCUGCUGGUAGAUCGGAAGGAGUCUAAGCUGACCAAAGCCGAGAAGAGAGCCGCCAAGAAGAGCUAUGAGGAUGAGAAACGAGCCUCUGUGCCCCACUUGCGUCCAUCUUACGCCCCCUAUUACCCAACCAGUGAUCAGACGCUCACAAACAUCCCAGCAUUUAACCAACGCGGCUGGCGUCCCAUGGCACGGCCAGAUGACAAGCCUGUGGCGAGUGUCAGGCCCAUCCAGUCAACCCCAAUCCCCAUGAUGCCUCGGCAGGCCGGCAUGGCUGGCUCGAGCUCUGCCGGCAGCCUGCCCGUCAACUUCCUGCAGAAAGCUGGAGUUUAUGUGCAGAGGAUCGUCACCACAACUGAUAUUGUAAUCCCAGGAGCCAACAGCACGACCGAUGUUCAAGCUCGAAUUAGUGCAGGAGAGAGCAUCCAUGUCAUCAGAGGAUCAAAAGGUACCUACAUUAGGACAAACGAUGGACGGAUCUUUGCUAUUCGAUCUGGAAAGAUCAGUAGGCCAGCAGUCGGCUCUGCUGCUUCAAUGGACACCCAGGGUUCCCUGAUCCAUCCACUCGGUAAUGGCUGUUCAUCGCCUGUGGAUCCACAGCAGGGCUCCCCCAACGGGGAGCAGCGGCCCUCCUCUCCCUUAAGCUCUGAGAUUCUCAGAGAGCUCAGCCGCUACGCUUCAUCCUCAGGUGAUGCCGCCGCCGCGGCCAUGGGGAAUGAAUUGCCGUCACCGUCAGAAAUGUUGGCUCUAACCGCAGGGGGUGACGGCAAUUUGCAAAACAAUCAGACUGGUGAUCUCAACAGGCAGCUGAGUGAUGACCUCUUGAGCUCGGCUAUAGAGAUGCGUGGCAGCAAGCGCCGGAGUACUGAAAGCCAGGGCAACGCACAAAUAGGAAGCAAGCGCACUUCUGCCGCAGCACGCUUCCCUGGACUGUCCAUGGGCUCCGGUGGGCUCGGUUUUUCCCCUGCGGGUCUGAACUCGUCCUCCCUACUGGGGAACCUGGGUCACAUGAGUCACCCACUUCUGAUGGGUGGGAGCAGUGGAUCGUCAUUCCUUCAGACAACUGGACAAACCCUGGCUGACCUCCAGACCAUGUUCCCCUCUGCAGGCUCAGACCUACUAAGACAGUCUGCCACAGGAAACGGACACCUUCUCACCCCCUCCUCUUCCGCUAUGUCAACUGCUUUCUCCUCAGCCUCCACCACCCCCCCUAUGGCAUCUACACCCUCGGCAGCCACUUCUUCCUCCCUGGCGUCCGGGUCUCUGCCUCCGUACAUGAUGAAUCCCAACAUGGCCGGACUGCUUUCAUCGGGCUUCCCCCUCAACUACAGUCAGUCGCUGCUCUCUGAGCCGAGGAUGUUUCCUACCCCUCUCCUCUCUGGGUCCGGGGGAUUCCCCACGCCCAACUCCAGCUCUACUCCAUCCCGGUUCCGCUCCCAUUUCAACAAUCCCACUUCCAGCCUGUUGGGAGCAGCUCUGACUCAGCCGGACAUGCAUCAGAGUACGGAGACCGGCGGCAGCAGUUCUGAUGACGACGUUAUCGAGGUGACAGGGCAGUAGAGAGGCAGCUUCACACACAGGUUUUAUCAAUCAUGGCAAACAUAAAUUAGGGAUGGGAAUUAUUACACUGUUACGAAAUGAACUAAAUGGAUUAUGUAACAGUAUCUGCUCAAACCUAUACACUGAUGAUUGAUGGUCAGAUGCCUUUUGAUAUUCUGAAUAUGAGAGCAUAUGAAAAUGCAAGUAGACACACAAGGAAAAAAGUGGAUUAAGGAACGAAACGAUCACCUUUUAAUGAGGAUGAAGUUAGAAACAACUAUUCAGUUCAAUGUGUUUUGGCCUUGCUGUUCAUUAACGUAGCUCCAUUCCUAAUGGUCUCAUUAAACGACACUCCCAUACUCUCACCUGCAAACGAGAGAAUCAACUUGUACCGUAAUGUCUUUACAAAGGAAGAGGAACACAUCCGGUCAGUUGAUAUGGAGCUGCCGAGCAGUCGGAACAGACCACUGCUGUUGGUGGACCGGCUGAAUCUUUCGGGCGCUUUCUAAGCACAGCCUCCACUGCUAUACUUUAAAGCACGGCGUCUUAGUGGUGUUAGUUGUAUUUCCCCUGAAUUCAAAUAGAAUGAUGUGAUAACUGCUUCUUGUUGGAUUGUCUUAUUGUUGUGAAACGGUCGAGUGCAAACAAACAGUUGACCGACUGUUUCACUUAUUAGCAGCACUCACCUGCUGAAUGCUGAUCUACUCGUUUUCUGUUAGCACAGAUUCUUUUUCUAUUAAAUACUGGAAGGCGACAUAGUUCAAUAAAUAACUCACGGUGGCUCCAGAACGUGGUGUUUAAUAUUUGUCAAAAUCCACUAGACAAUAUAUCUAGUAAAGGCCUUUGAGGCAUACCUUUAACCGAAAUCGUAGGCUUUCAGAGCAUAUUUUAGUCUUUAGCAAUUUGAUAGACAUUGUAGCAUCCCCUGUUGAGGAUAUUAUGUGUGAUACUGUUAUUGAACAUGUUGAUACUUUGUAAAUAGCAUCAUUAUCGUUUAUAUUGCAAGUCAAUACUUUGCAGUGUGUAGAUUUUGGUUGGGAGGGAGAUGGUUUAUUAUCACACUCAUGAUAAACACGCUCUCACAUUGAUGCUAGGAAAACAAAUGUAUGUUCAGCUUUAUGAUUUACCAUCUUUUCCCUUAAAACUAAAAUGAAUGUGCUUUCAUGUUAUCCUUUGAUAAUACGGGGACGAGGUUUCAUACUGUGUUCUUUCAUUUUUAGCCUUAAAUAACAAAGGGGUCUUGAGCAUUUAUCUUGGUGCGUCCCUUUUACAAAUCUGUUGGAAGAACUACUGAGCAUUUAAACAGUCGGUGUGAAACUCAAAACCGGUGUUGGGCGGAUUCAGCAUUGUGAUAAUCUUGGAUGCCAAAAGGAGAAGAAAGCUAGUUUUUAUGUUGCUUUACUCUUUUUUUUUCUUUCUUUUUGUUGCCGUUUGUACUUGCGUGUCCCCACCAUCAGACGUGUAUCUACGUGUAGAUUUGAUGAUCCACAUUUUCUUAUGGGUUAUUUUCAGGACCUUGCUGAGAACAAAUAUUACCCAAACUGUAGGAAACAUUGCAUUCAUGCAGCCCGAGUGUCUAAAACCUUCAGUCAAUGUAGCCGCCGAGCAUCAAAGCCGAUAGUGAACGUUUCACGACAACCACCUGUGACCGUUGCAGAACGGGUCAGGGGGCGUGGUGGCUGAACCGAACGGACGGGGCCAUCAUGAUUCAUGAUGGAAGUUUUCUUCAGCGUGCUUUGGGAACUUUAUUUCAGAUUUGAAGGUGAAGUUGUGACUUUAUAAAAGGAUCAUAUCUGCUUGUGAACUGUACGAGGUACAACAUAUUGCCUCCAUGUCUUUGUCGUCAGUCUUUUUGAUCCGUUGGGAACUUUGCUUUUGAAUCUUGGGAAUCAUCCAUUUAUAAAACAAAACCUGUCAGCCAUUUCUUGUCAAUUACAUGUACUUUUGUGUUUCGUGGAAAUAUUCCAGUUUUUUAAAUGUUUUUAUAACUUCUUA